AUGUUUCUGGGAGAAGUGGCUUCUUCUGGUGCCAUGGGAGGAUCUGCUAUCUACCUGCUGGCUGUGUUUGCAUUCAGCUUAUCAGCCCUGUCUCACGGCCAGCCGCUAUGCACGCUGAUCACCCCAAGCGUCCUGCGUGUGGAGAGUGAAGAGAUGGUGAUUGUGGAAGCUCAUGGCCACCAUAGCCCGAUCGAGGCGAGGAUCACCGUGUACGACUUCCCACAGAAGAAGAGUGCCUUGGUUUCAACCACAGUCAGCCUGAACCCUGGGAACGGCAUGAUGAACUCUGCCAAAAUUAAGGUUCCUACUCAGCUACUGCCAAAGGAUGCCCAGAAGAAGGAAUAUGUCUACAUCGAAGCCAAGAGCAGCCUGUUCACCUUAGAGAAGGUGGUUCUGCUUUCAUUCCACAGCGGCUACAUCUUCAUCCAGACGGAUAAGACGAUCUACACGCCUGGGUCUACAGUGAGGUACCGGCUUUUCACUGUGGGUCACAUGUUGGACCCCAUCUUGAAGGUGGUAUCUGUGGAGCUCAUGAAUCCAGAUGGGAUUAUUGUAGAGAAGAAUACGGUGUCCUCCAUGGACCAAGGCGGCAUCAUCUCCAGGAGCUACAAGAUCCCUGAUAUCGUGAACAGCGGAGUGUGGAAGAUUGUCUCCAGGUACGAGCAUGCCCCUCAGGAGGCCUUCACCGCGGAGUUUGAAGUCAAGGAAUAUGUGCUGCCUAGUUUCGAAGUGACGCUGGAGCCUUCCCAGAAGUUCUUCCUCGUUGACCAGAAUGAGCUUAGUAUCGACAUUACAGCCAAGUUCCUGUAUGGGAAGCCAGUUCAAGGCCAAGCCUAUGCGCUCUUUGGAGUGAUGGUGGAUAAUGAGAAAAGGAGCAUCGUGAACUCACUCAACAAAGUCCCGAUCACGGGUGGCAAAGGCUGUGCUAAGCUAACCAAAGAAAUGUUGCGUAGCAGGUUCCCCAACCCCAGCGAGCUUCUCGGCCACUCAAUCUAUGUGACAGUGACAGUGCUGACGGACACAGGGAGUGACAUGGUGGAGGCUGAGAAAUCCGGGAUCCGCAUUGUGACCUCUCCCUACAAAAUCCUCUUCUCCAGAUCUGCUACGUACUUCAAACCCGGGCUGCCCUUUAACCUGGUGGUCUCCGUGGUGAACGCGGACGGUUCCCCCGCCCCCCAGGUCCCCGUGCGCAGCGGGACAGGCGCCAGCGGUUUGACACAGGCUGACGGGACAGUGCAGCUGGCGAUCAACACCCCAGCAGACGCAUCUCAGCUCUCGGUGAAGGUGGAAACUGUGGUUGCCAACCUCCGGCAGGAGCAUCAGAGCUUGGCGGUCUGGGCCGCGGUAGCCUACGGGUCGCAAGGGGGCUCGAGGAACUACCUGCACAUCUCGGUGCCGGCCACUCAGCUCCAGCCGGGGAACGCCCUGCCUGUGAGCUUCAGUUUGCGGAACAGUAACGCUGACGUUCAGAGGCAGAUCCACUAUUUCACCUACCUGAUCCUGAACAAAGGGAAGAUCAUCCGGGCUGGAAGACAGGCCAGGCAGGCGGGACAAACUCUGGUGACCAUGUUCCUGCCCAUCACUCCAGACCUCAUCCCUUCAUUCCGCAUCGUGGCUUACUACCACAUAGGGCAGAAGGAGAUCGUGGCAGACUCGGUCUGGUUGGAUGUCCAGGACUCCUGUAUGGGAACGCUGAAGGUAACAGGCGCGACGGAGCAAGACAAUGAUGUCCAGGUGCCAGGUGGGCAGAUGAAUCUCCGAGUGAAGGGAGAUCCCGGAGCCAGGGUCGGGCUGGUGGCUGUGGAUAAAGCUGUUUAUGUGUUAAACAGGAAAUAUAAAUUCUCCCAAGCCAAGAUCUGGGACGCAGUGGAGAAGAGCGACAUCGGCUGCACGCCCGGCAGCGGCAGGGACCACGUGGGGGUGUUUGCGGACGCUGGGCUGCUGCUUCAGACCAAUGUUGGCAUUGAGACGCCCCAGCGGGCAGAGUCCCGCUGCUCCCAGCCCACUCGGCUUCGGCGCUCGCCCCUGAUCUCGGAGAGAAAAGCUGCCAAAGCGAGGCAGUAUCCGAGCCAGCGCUUGCGGAAGUGCUGCCAGGACGGCAUGCAAGAGAACCCCAUGGGCUACUCCUGCGACCGACGAGCCAAGUACGUCCUGGAGGGCGGCGAGUGCAUCCAAGCCUUUCUCGACUGCUGCAAGCACAUCUUCGAGAGGCUCCUCAAGGUCCACAGAAAGUUCCUGUUAGCAGCAGCCGUUUAUCCGAUGGCCCCCGGGAGGAGCCAGGAGCCUACGGAUGAAGUCGCAGAGGACGGGGAGUACCUGGCGGACGAGGACAUCGUCUCCAGGAGCCAGUUUGCCGAGAGCUGGCUCUGGCAAAUGGAGCUGCUGCCGCAGGAGGCCGAUCUGGACGGGCUGGCUUCCAGAACGGUGCCGGUGUACCUGGAGGACUCCAUCACCACCUGGGAGGUGCUGGCCGUGAGCCUCUCCGGCACAAGGGGGAUCUGCGUGGCCGACCCUUAUGAAAUAACGGUGAUGAAGCAGUUCUUCAUUGAUCUCCGGCUGCCCUACUCCGUGGUGCGGAACGAGCAGGUGGCCAUCCGGGCCGUGCUGUACAACUACGCCCCCCGGGCUCUCCAGAUCCGGGUGGAGCUGAUGUACAACGAGAAGAUCUGCAGCUCCAGCAGGCGCGACAGCCGGUUCCAGCAGGAGCUGGUGAUCCAAGCCGGAGCCUCUCGAGCCGUCUCCUACGUGAUCAUCCCCCUGGAGGUGGGGGAGGUGGAGAUCGAGGUGAGAGCGGCCAUCCAUGGGCUCCCCAUCGCAGACGGCGUGAAGAAGAAGCUCAGGGUGGUGCCUGAGGGCAUGAAAAUCUUUAAGAACAUCAAGAGCGUCCUGCUGGAGCCGACUGCCCGCGGCUCAGCCUCUGGGGAGCAGCUGGAGACAAUCGGGCCCGUGGACAUGAGUAAUGUGGUCCCCAACACCGAGCCAGUGACCUUCGUCAGCGUGAAGGGGGACAUUGUGGGCGACACGGUGGAGAACUCCAUCGACGGGGCCAACUUGAAGCACCUGAUCCAGGUCCCGGCGGGCUGCGGGGAACAGAACAUGAUCGGCAUGACCCCCGCUGUCAUCGCCACCCACUACCUGGACAGCAGCCGGCAAUGGGAGAGGCUCGGGGUGGAUCGCAGGGCGGAGGCCGUCAAGUUCAUCACUCGGGGUUACACCCAGCAGCUGGCUUACCGGAAAGCAGAUAACUCCUACGCGGCCUUCACAAACAGACCAGCGAGCACCUGGCUGACGGCCUACGUGGUGAAGGUCUUUGCCCUGGCCUACGAACUGAUCGCUAUUGACCCCGAGGUGCUGUGCGGAGCUGUGAAGUGGCUGAUCCUGCACAAGCAGAAGCCUGAUGGGGCGUUCCAGGAGGAUGCCCCCGUGAUCCACGGGGAGAUGGUGGGAGGGUACCAAGGUUCAGAGCCGGAUGCUUCUCUGACGGCCUUCGUUGUCAUCGCUAUGGUGGAGGCCAGAGACGCCUGUCAGCAGUAUGUGGAGAGCUUGGGCAGAAGCAUCACAAAGGCUGGAGAUUACUUGGCAAGGCGCGUGAAAGACCUGAAGAAACCCUACUCCGUGGCCAUCACGUCCUAUGCGCUGGCGCUGCUGGGCCACGCCGGAGCAGGAGAGAGGCUCAUGGCGCUUUCCACGGGGGGAACACACUGGGCCGACCCCCAGUCCCGGCUCUACUCCAUCGAAUCCACCUCUUACGCCCUGCUGGCCUUGCUGAAGCAGCAGAGGUUGGAGCUAACGGGGCCCAUUGUCCGGUGGCUGACGGAGCAGCGGUACUACGGAGGAGGCUACGGCUCGACCCAGGCCACGAUCAUGGUCUUCCAGGCUCUGGCCCAGUACCAGAUGGAUGUGUCGGAAACCAAGGACAUGGCCCUGGAUGUUUCCAUUAAUCUGCCGGGUCGGAGCAGGCCGCUGCUCUGGAGGAUCAACAGGGACAAUGCCAUGGUGGCCCGGACGGAGCGAACCAAGCUGACCGAUGGCUUCACCAUCUCGGCCAAGGGACACGGCAAAGGGACCCUGUCGGUGAUGACGGUUUAUUACACGCCCCUGACGGAGGGGGCGGCAGCCUGCAAGAAGUUUGACUUUAGCGUCUCUGUGCAAAGGGCACCUGAUGCCAAGAAGCCAGAAGGAGCCCUGGACUCUGUGUUCAUCCAGAUCUGCAUGCGGUUCCUGGGAGGGGUGGACUCCACCAUGACCAUCCUGGACGUCUCCAUGCCCACAGGCUUCUCUCCAGACAUGGACGACUUGGAUAAGCUCACGAACCGUGUGGACAAAUACAUCUCCAAGUUUGAACUGGACACGGACCUGUCUGAGAGAGGCUCCCUCAUCCUCUAUCUAGACAAGGUGUCCAGCAAAGAGACAGAUUGUCUGAAGUUUAAAGCUCACCAGCACUUCGAAGUGGGUCUGAUCCAGCCGGCAGCCGUGACGGUGUACGAGUACUACUCCCUGGAAAACCGCUGCACAAAAUUUUACCACCCAACCCAAGACAGCGGCUUGCUGAAGGUGCUGUGUGAGGGAGACGCCUGCCGUUGCAUGGAAGAGAAAUGCAGCCUGAUCAAGAAAUUUAAACAGCCCCCCGCUGACAUCUCCGUCCGCAUCGAAGCCGCGUGCGAGGCUGGGGUGGAUUAUGUCUAUAAAGCUCAGCUGGUGAAGGUGGAGCAGAACGGGAUGUACAAUUACUUCACCAUGAGGAUUGUGCAGGUCAUUAAGGAAGGGACAGAGCAAAGCAUCCAGGGGAAGACCCGUCGAUUUAUCAGCCCAGUGGCUUGCAAGGCGACCCUAAACCUGCUGGAGAACAGGACCUACUUGAUCUGGGGCCUCAGCAGUGACCUGUGGGACCUGAAGACUGAGAUAGCAUACUUGCUCGGGAGUGGCUCCUGGGUGGAGCUGUGGCCAACCCCCCUGGAAUGCCAGCAGGGACAUUUCCAGGCCCUCUGCAAGGGGCUGGAGGCGUUUGCCCAGCACAUGGUGACAAACGGCUGCCCUUCAUAG